CCACAACAACUCUCGAUGCAUCCAUUUUGAGGAGUCGAUGAUCCUCAUAAUGUUUGGUCGCAAAGCAGUCCUGCAAUUCAAGAGCUGGAUUCGAAGCACGACAUUUUAUCCAAAGUGAUCCACCAUGAACGGCAGAAACUGUGACACGUUUCCGAGCCAAAGGCAGAAAACAUCAAUUCCUUCGAACGGGGGCAGCUCAAACUAUCGACAUGGCAAUAUGGAUAGACGCUUUCUCGUCUCUCAACCUCUCUAUGUUCCACAACCUUGUUAUAGCAAUCGACAGUACGUUCCUUUGUCGUAUUACUGUCCCCCGAUCUACGCUGGCUAUGACCGCCAUGGCGACUUUCCUCCUUUGGCAACGACGGGGACGACGACCGUCACCAACGCCCGUCAAAACCAACCAAUCUGGAACCCAACCAACCCGCCAACCUCCCCACUCAAACGAUCCUCCUCGAAAGGCACAUCGAUCCUAUCGACUCGAGCAAAAAAUUCCCAGAGCACAAAAAACGUUUCCAACCCAUUGACCUCACCAUUGAAACCAUCCUCUGCCAAAGACACAUCCAAUUCGGUGGCUCAGUCAAAAACCUCCAACAACACCAAGAACCUUUUCGAGUCAUCUCCGUCUCACGCCAAAGUCUCUCCAGGAACACCACCAGAGGAUUACGUCGAUCCGGAGAUCAUAGACGCAGCGAAGAAUCUUAAACUUCCAUUAGAUGGACACAAGUACAGUGUGGCAAAUUGGAAGGAUGCAAUGAUACUCUGUUAUCGAUGGAAAACAAACACCAACGAAGACGAGCGCCAAUUCUACCGAAUGAGUAAAACUACAACCAGUCUCUCGUCAAGUAACUUGAAGUCGGUCAAAAGAUUUUGCGACAACGUACUCAAGAGGAAAUCGAAACGUCGCCAAUUUGCGAUCCACUGGAAGGAUAGCGGACUGAAAAAAAUCGUUGAUCAGGCAUCUUCGUCGCAGGACAUCCUGUUCGAGCACGGUGACCCAGCCCUUGAAAAAAUUCUUGACGAUUAUUUUUCUGGACGUACUCGCUCCACGGAAUACAACCAGGUAAAAGAGAAAGUGCUGGAAGAUCGCCAAAAGGAAAUAUUUGCUCUUUGGGAUGCAUUACAGUCAGACCAUAUUCUCAGUACCGCCACGUCCCAUCAGAAACUCUACUUAGUGCAACUCGCCAUCGAGAGGCCCUACAGCAAAAAGGCAGAGAUCAAAACCAAAGACGAAGUGAUUGCCCACGACGUUACCAUCGAGGGUUUUGGUGGAAAAUCGUACUGGGACCAGAGUAAUUCGGUUGCAAAAAAUAAUGGAAAGUUGGACGCCAUUUUCAAUGCGUCACCAAAUGCAUUGAACGGAGUUCUCCCGCUCAACAAAAGCAUGACGGACAGGUUUUGGAAGUGCGUGGAGGCUGUUGCUGGUCCUGUGCGCCAAGGGAAACGGCGGCGGUCACCUGACCCCUUCGAAUCUUCGUGUGACAACAGAGAUGCAGUUAAAAAAAAUGCUGUAGAGAGAUUGUCAAAGCACACCAGUUACCUGAUGUCGGAAAAGAAAUCCAACAAAGCGCAAAAUUCCAAUUCCGAAGUAGACAAAGAGAAUGAAAUGUCUGCCGUGGUCCCUGUCUGAUGAUUGUUUCGAAACAAAACUAGAAUGUCAAGACUGUUUACAUGGGAUAUUACAGCUCUCUUUGGCUAUGACGAGAAAUCACAUGAUUGCGUUCGGAAAGCAGAAACGUAACAGUACUAUUAGUACUGGCACUACUACUAGAGCUGAAGAAACUCCAUCAUCUUAAAAACAAGCAAUGCAGCAAAGUAGAUACAUUUUAACAAUGAUGCUAUACAUUACAGCAAUUUGAAGCUACUGAAGCUAAAGAUACAAUCAACCAUAGUGUUGGAU